UAACUAAUAUCUGUGCUGGCAAGUGGCAACAUUACCGGCAGCGAAAAAAGAAAAGCGAAUUUUACGAAUUUGGCUGAUUUUGUGACUGUGAUUUCUAGUAUUUUACAAUAAUUAACAGCAAAUUACGAACAAACCUAAAAUGAAUAGUUUCGUCAAAACUGCACACCGUGUUAUACAAAGUUGCGUUAAAACUCCGAGCUUAGCUGGGGCUUUGGUCACCCGUGCACAAGCUCCAGUAAAACGUGACUUCACGAGGGGAAUAUGGCACAUGAGCUGUUCGAAAAGUCUAAACGGGCCUACGGCAGCUUCUGGCUUGCUCCACAAUCACUCCAACACGUGUGGCUGUGGUUGCGGCUUGAAGGCUUUACACACAAAAGGUGAGAGAGAGUUAGUGGAGUUCCUGACUGAGGAGAUUGUGGCCGAACGCAAGGCGCAGAAGGUGAAGACGCUGCCUAAAGAAGUGGAGGGCUUCACCGUCCAAGGAGAUGGAGCCGAAGUGGUGCUCAGUAAGCAGUUGAAGGAUGAACUCAUCAAAAUCACAUUCAACGUGAACCACACGGUGGACUCGGAUGAUCUGGAAGGUGAUGUGCAGCCGGAGAAGCAAGAGUUUGCGGAGAUGCGUUCCAAGCCUCAGUUCGAAGUGGACAUCAUCCGAGGAGACACCACUCUGGGGUUCACGUGUUCGUUCCUACAGGAACCACCGUCCACCAAUGCUGAUGAAUAUAAUGACAUCUUUGGCAUCGACGAGGUGACGAUCUACAAAGGGGAAUGGAAUGACAAGGUGUAUGCAGUCGCUGGCGACGUGCUCGAUGGAUACCUCUACGACUUGCUCAUGAACCUGCUAGAAGAGAAGGGCAUCAGCAACGACUUUGCUCAGAAACUGUCAGACUUCAGCACCGCGUACGAGCACGCCGCGUACAUAAACCUACUGGAGACCGUCUCCAAGUUCACCAUUGGGAAACAAUAGGGUUGUGACGUCAUUAAUUGUUAAAGUCUUGUAACGUCAGAUUUACGUUCUGGGUAGAUUCAAUGAUCACUGUCAGAUUUUGCCAUAUAUAUUAUAUACUAGCGACCCGCCCCGGCUUCGCACGGGUGCAAAAUUAUAAAUGUUAUUAUACAUAAAAACCUUCCUCUUGAAUCACUCUGCCUGUUACAAAAAACCGCAUCAAAAUCCGUUGCGUAAUUUUAAAGAUUUAAGCAUACAGACAAACAGACUAAAAUAGCGACUUUGUUUUAUACUAUGUAGUGAUAGAGAGAUGCAAGUCAGCGUUCUGACGUCAUCAAACUGUGACGUCAAACUUUCGUGUAGAGAUUUUCAAAUUUAGUGUGUUCAAAAAAUUGUGAAUUGUAUCAACCUCCGUUUUUAACUAUCCGGUGUCGUAAUUCACUUUUGAAUAGUGGUUUCAAAAUUUUAAUAGUAGUUUCAAGUUGUUACCGUAUUAAACUGUAUCGUUAACGUUAAAUAAUCAUUCUGGGUAGAUAUUGUAAUCAUUUUAGACUUAACCAUAUGAAAAAAAAAGUCUUGUGCAAGAGUACACACUUAUAAACAAAGUUAUGAACAUUUUCUGUGUCCAAAUAUUCUAUUGGCAAUAAGUAAUGUAACUUCGUGAAAUGAUUAUGUCUUAACAAAUGGUCUGUGUAAAUUUGAACUGUGUAAGUUUUACUUAACUGUGCCUUUUAGAAAUCGUCUCUAAAUUGGUAUACCCAGGACGUAUGUAUUGCAAUAAGUUGUUGGUUAAACUGCCUUACAAAUAAUUCAAUCUAAAAAUAAUGACUAUACAAUAAUAUUCACUAUUCUUUGUUGAGAAAUUAAAAGUAGAUUAUAUUAUCUCUGAUGCAAUCUGAAUUGUGUUAUAGAAUUGUCUGCCAAUCAAUUAUAUUUUGGUCUCUGACUUAUUGCUAACCUUGGUCUGUUAUUCUCUCUAGUAUAUAUUUUUUAUUCAGUUCAACUGAAUUCAAUAGAUUAAAAAAAUUACAUUUUUUUAAAUAUUAUAUGACUUGUUUUGAAAACAGAUAACAGUGAAUGCAAUAACUUGGUUUUUUUUUCUUGUGCAAUAAAUUCAAUUUUUUUAUGUAAAACAAAAUCCAAAAACGUCACACUAGUCCUUGGUGUAAGCGUCAUACUAACACACUUUUGAUAUAUUUAAAAGGUGUGUUAAAAGCGUGUCUAAUGAGUGGCUCGACGAAAUAUCUGAUAAAGCGUAUCGCACCCCGCCUUUCAAGCGUGAUUUUCACAUGAAAACCCAUGCGAUGGUGGUAUCUUUGUAAACUAUUCGAAAGCCUUUACUUAUCAGUAAGUCUAGAGUUCUAUCGUGCAGAAAUGUUUGAAAUACAGCAGUGUACAUUCAAACUAAAAUCAUUAAAUUUUAUCCUGUCUAAAUGCAACCCGUAUAUUCGCAUAAGUACCUAAAGAUAGAAUAAAAUAUAUAUAAAAUAAAAGAUAUUAACAAGCAAAAGAAAUUCAAUGUUUCAAGUUUUAUCACAAUAUGUAAGUGCUAGAGGGUUUUAUUAAGUUAUUUAUUACAAAUAACAAUAUACUAUGAAUGGGAUUACACUUGUAACUCAACACGCUUUACUCUAAGUUUUACUAGUUGGUCAAAUUCAUUGAUAAAAUAAAGCCGCGUAGAAGGUUUUUGUCGAAUUUCGUAGACUGACUGUCGAAGACUCAAAAGCAAAGAAUUUACCCAGAAGAUUGCAUGUAAAAAACGUGGUAAGAUGGGGGAAGCAUUUAUUUUGCAUAGGACAGCUUUAAAGUUAAUUUUAGUUAGUGACACGACUGUGCUGUUGUUUAUUGUUAGUGUUAUGUUUAGUCUAAAGUCUCAAUUAAAUUGUCGAAAGUGA